AUGCUCUCUCUCUGUCUCUCCGCGACGCUACAGAUCACGCUAAACCAAGGUUUGAUUCUGGUUCUGCGGAAGGCCUUGGCGCCGCUCACUGAGAUUGCUGACGAAGCCAUUAUCAAGUACUCAUCGGAAGGGAUAGAGCUGAUGGCCAUGAACACUGACAGCAUCAUUGGGGUUCUGAAAUUCCGAUCAUUAGACUUCCAGCACUUCGUCUGCAACACCGAAGGGAUCGGUUGGGUCGACGUCCAUCUCUUGUACAAGACCCUGUCCUUCGUGGAUGACGAGGAGUACUGCUCGGUCAUCAUUAAUUAUGGCCGAUAUGAUCAGAUUGGGUUCCCCGGGCUCCAAUUUGUGUUUAAGAAUUGCAGAACUCUCAAAGAGCGCUACCGUCGAAUUGAAUUGACUGAAGUGGACCCUGAAGGUUUUCUACUGGAUGAGUCAAAAACAGAAUACAAUCUGGUUGCUGCGAUACCUUCAGAGGAGUUUAGGUCCAUUCUCAAGCAUCUGUCUUUCUUUGGGCCCCAAGUUUUUAUAGCUAUAACGGAUAAACAAGUGAAGUUCUCUGCAUCGAAUGCGGAAAUUGUCCUUAAGAAAGAGAAGAGGAUACUUGUAUCAAACACUUACUUUGCCCUUGGUGUUGUCUGUCUACAGCUUUCAGAAUGUAUAAUUGGGGGUUCUGCUGGGGAUCUUCCUGAAUUGACCUUUGAGAUUGAGCACAUCAUACCCUUGAUGAAUGCAUCACUUCUAUCAAACUGGGUCUGGAUACUAUUUUCUCAUGAUUCAUUUACGAUUCUCCAAUUAAAUUUCCCUGUUGGAGCACUGGGUAACAUCAUGUUUUACUCCAUACGUGAUAUUAAAUUCGUGAUAUAA